CCCAUCAACCCUUUUUCUUUCCAUUUGAGCAAAGUUUUUGUCUUUCUUUCAAAACACCAUAACCCUUUUCUCCACUCACUUUCCAUCACAUUCCUACUAAAUCAAAACUCAUUAUUGUUAACAUGUUGAAGAACAACCUCAGUUGCUGUUUCUUGUACUUUUUCCUUUGUCUCUUCUUGCCAGCUCUUGUUUUCUCCCACACACAUGGAAACCCUGCAAGCGAAAUUGUCGAUAUUAUAAACAAGAAUAGAACAGAUCAAAAGCUCCACAAUUUGAAUGACACUCCUGGUCUAGGGUGCAUGGCCUUGCAAUAUGUUGAAUUAUGCAAAGGAAACUGCACCGAUAACAAUGUUGUUAACUGCAAACCUCCCGAAGAUGAUUUCGUUGAAGUCUUUGCUCCGAAUUGCGGUGUAGAGUUACCAACUUUCGGCACCAUAACCGGACACAUUGUUGGCUGUCAAAGAAAGUAUCUCGAACCAUCAUUAGCAUUUUCUCAAAUUCUUAUUAAAGAUAAGAAAUCUUUGUCUCUUUUGAGAAAUAAAUCACAUACUGAAGUUGGAGUAGGCCUUGUUGGAGAUCAUAAAAAAGGGCCUUUCUUUUGGUGCGUUUUGUUUAGUGAUGGAAAAGCUAACUCUACAUUUGUGCUUGAAAAUCGCGGUGCCGGAAUCAAGCAGAAAAAAGGAUGUUAUAGUGGGAGCAAUACUCCAUGCAGUGGAGGGCAGAAAAAUGGUGUUCCAUUUUUUAACUUAUUUUUCAUGUGUUAUGUAUUCAUUCUGCUUUUUAAACUUUUGUGAUCGAUUUAUACUGAUUUCAUGAUCUUCACGUGACAACUCUUGCGAUGUUUUUUUGUUCAUAUUUUAUGUUAUUUGUUUACUUUUACACUUACUGCUAUUAGGAUAUAUGUAUUCCCUCCCUAUUGCAGGUGACUAUUGAUUCAAAGUUGCUAAACAUUUAGAGGAUAAGUCGCUGAAUUAUA